UCUACUUAGACGGCAGAAGCGGCGCGCCAUGACGCCAUGGCGGAAGAGGAGGUCGCACGCAUCAGUGUGGCGGUGCGGUGCCGCCCGCUGUCGGAACAUGAGAGAAGCAACAUGGUGCAGAGCAUUUGCAGGGUUAUGGAUGGACGAUUGGUGAUUCUUCUGGAUCCAGGAGCAUCUGCAGCCCAUGACUACCUCCGGCAAGACAAGUCCAAAGAGAAACGCUUUGCAUUUGAUCAGGCCUUUGGUCCCGAUGCGGACACCAAGACCCUGUUCACAGCCACAGCCGAACCGCUGAUUAAAUCGGUGCUUCAAGGCUACAAUGCUACUGUGUUCGCCUAUGGUUCCACUGGUGCCGGCAAGACCUUCACUAUGAUUGGGACCCCUGUGGAGCCUGGGAUCAUGUUUCGCUCAGUGGAGGAGAUUUUCAAAGGGGUGGCCACGGUGGUGGAUGAAGGGACCGAAAGUUUCUCCAUCUCAUGUUCUUUUGUGGAGGUCUACAAUGAAAAUUUCCGUGAUUUGGCUGGGAACAGCGAUCGUGAAGGCAUCUUGGACCUGAGGGAAGAUCCCGUUUCUGGCAGUUAUGUGGCAGGAAUUCGGGAGAUCCAAACUGAAUCGGUUCAAGAAGUCAUGGACCUGCUCCAACAUGGCAACCAACGUCGUACCACCGAGCCCACAGCUAUGAAUGUCACUUCCAGUCGUUCACAUGCCGUGUUGCAGGUGCGUGUGGAGCGGAAGGGAAAUCCUUCCAAUCCUUCUGGCAGUUUGUUGGGUAAGUUGUCCAUGAUCGACCUGGCGGGCUCGGAACGGGCGGCUGAGACCAAGAACCAAGGCGUCCGCCUGUUGGAAGGUGCCAACAUCAACCGAUCCCUGUUGGCCCUGGGCAACUGCAUCAAUGCCUUGGCCUCGGGGUCGCAUUUCGUGCCGUACCGGGACUCCAAACUCACCCGGUUGCUGAAAGAUUCCUUGGGAGGCAACUGCAAAACGGUGAUGAUUGCAACAACAUCACCCGGUCAUUUGAGCUACGAAGAUACCUUGAAUACGCUGAAAUAUGCCAACCGUGCCAAGAACAUCCGGGUUCGCGCCAAACAAAAUUUGGUAACUCCCGACGAGCACGUCAGCCAGUACGAGCACGCCAUCGCUGAUCUGAGAAACGAAGUGGCGAUUCUCAAAGCCAAAUUGGCACAGCGAUCAGCCGCGCCGUCAGAUGUCAUUGAAGGAGCGGAUGAGAAUGUACUCAAGGAAGCCAGUGAAAACUGGAAACUGGAAGUCAUCAAAAAUUUGGAGAGCCGCACUUCAAUGCAACGAUCUUUGAUCGAUGUGGAGCGGGGCUUGGUCCAGUGGAGAGUGGAAUUGGAUCAGGCCAAGGAGAUGAUCGUUCACGAGGAACGUGGAGGAAGCUCCCCGUCCAGUCGUCGAUCCGAUGCUCGGUCACUGGAAGAUUGGAAGGAUGCCAUUGCCCAGAUCGAGGAGAACAUCAAGGAAAACAUCGAGACCCGCAGGUCUUUAGCGGAACGCUUGCAGCAAAACAAGACUGCAGGCAAAGAGCUGCAAAAGCAGCUCUCCCAACGAGUUCUGAAUGAAGACCUGCGAGCUUUCCUUGAACUGAUCCAAAGGGUUCAGGUCCUGGAAGUGGAGCGCCUAGAGCUGGAUCACUUCUGGGAGAUUCAUCGGCACCAGCUGGAGCAGAGGGAUCAGGAGAUUGCGAUGCUUCGUGAGCAACUGCGCUUGCGAAACCAGCACAUCCAGCAGCAACGGCAGGAGUUGUCCGACGAGAAAGUCCCCGGACAUGUCUUUCUGCUGGGAAGUACCUUGGCAGAGUCUUCGCCCGUGCAACAGCGCGGCCCCUUGCGGGUAAUGCAAGCUUGGGCGCCAGCGCGCGAGGACGAUGAGGACCGGGUCACCGCAACGUUCUCCGAAGAGGCGGAGGACUUCCUUCAGGACAAGAUCAACUGGAGGGCCUUAGAGGUGCCCAUGGCGUCGCAGAUCAAGGGCCUGGCGCAGCUUCAGCAGAAUGCCGGCACCUCCCGGUUGAUUGCAGCCAAGGCCUGGAAAGAUCCUUCCCUGCGCAGCAUCCCCGAGUCUCGCGCCCCACGGCGGCCCUUGGCGCUGGCGCAGGGCGGUGUGGCGCCGCCCCCGGCGCGGCCGCCGCCGCGGGAGCCUUCCCUUCGGAGCGAAGCGCGGGAAGGCAAUUCCAGCCCAUCACAGACACGCGGCAGCACGUGCCCACCCUUGCGGCGAAAGUCCUCCCUGGAAGAAAAGACCUUGGCUCCUCUGGCCGGCCGUCAGCCCUCCAUGGGUGACAUGCGUGGCGCCCCCCGGGGCUUGCUUCGAGCCCAUGGUGUGGCGGUGCCACAACGACAGUUGGACAAGAACCUGGGCGGCGUCCGUGAAAAGAGCCGGCUCCGUGCGCGCAGUGAGCACUCGCGUCUGGGCCGUGUAGGACGUGCCCUGGUGACACCUCAGCGCUUCUAGAUCUGAUUUCUGUUGUAUCUGUGGUUCCAUCUGCUUCCCCAAACUAUGGAUGCUUCAGGAUGCUUCAGGAUGCUUCAGGAUGCUUCAGGAUGCUUGAUCAUUAAACAAAUCAAACAAGGCAAUGAGCCGGUAGCAGGGACCGAAAAUCUGUUCACAAACAUUGACAAACCUUGUGUGAGUGAGGAAUGGCGGAAGAGCUAGAAUCAAACAAUAUCCA